GAAGAUCAAGGUCAUAAAAUCCCGGCGCUACAGAGAAGUGUAGGUAAUCACAGCUGCUGUUCUGUCUCCUACUACUCCUGUUACAGUUACUGCAGUUGUUACAUCUGUGAUACAAUGAGGAGAACGGUAUUCGUCUUCUUCAUAAUUUGUUUCAUCAGCCUGUGUCUCUCAAAACAUACAGAUGUCGGAGACAUCGUGAAUCAGAUGAUCUGCAACAACAAACCUUCAGAUGAGGAGUCAUGCCCAUUCCCGUUCAGCAGUGUGCGUCAAGAAUGCUUUUACUUGAGCCGUGUACUGAGGAACUGGACUGAGGCACGGCACUACUGUCGGAAACUAGGUGGCGACCUGGCUACUCCCACGAACCCAUUUGUUCUCUACACUUAUGUAGUCGAGCAGGAUGCUAUCAUUGAUGAAGUUGAUAAGCAUGUAUGGAUUGGAGGAAAAAAGUCAUUGGACGGGGUAACAUGGAAGUGGACAAACAUGGAAGCGACAGUCAUUGACGGAGGUCUCUGGCACCCUGAACUGCCUGAUGCUCGCCCAGACGCUGACUGUGUUUACAUCCAUUCAGGCAAUGCCCGCCCUCUGGCCAACUUUCCCUGCUCCGAUGCCUACAGAUUUAUGUGUCAGUAUUAUGCUCCUACUCAGCAUAAUAUCGUGUAAGAUGGUUAAUGAUGCACAAGUAUAAGGAAUUCUAGAUCUUAUGGUAGGAUUCAAAUUGAACUCGCAGCUAAUGUUGCAAACCUCUGUACGAACCAGUCCCUGGACCCAUUACGUACCUCUGUAAUCAGUAAAUACCUUUGUAACUUGUCAUGAUUGUGACUAGUCCUACCUGGAGUUCAUUACCUUUGUAAAUUGUGAGUUCAUUACCUUUGUAAAUUGUGAGUUCAUUACCUCUAACUUGCUCAGCUAUCAAAACUUUGGAGUCCAGUCCCUGGACCAAUUAUGUACCUCUGUAAUCUUUUGACUACCGCCCACAGGAUGGGUAUGGGGUGCAUAAUAAACAUAUUAAACUAAAUUAA